CUCUCCUGUGAACCUACAGACGGCAGGUGUGUACUCUGAUAGUCCGCCGAAGCUUUCCUACACUCUGACCACAUUUGGAACCGGUUUUGGAUACUAAACCAAGCGCAGCAAGGAGGCUGACUGCAUUCGGCUACACCCUGGCAGUGAGGAUGUUGCAGUGGUAGACGGUGGAGCAUCUUCCUCACUGUAUCGCACUGAGCCGGCACCGUCAGCUGUUGCUCUAGCAGAGAGUGAGAGAGUCUGGAGCAACAAAAAAGGCCAAACUAUGCGACUGACUUUCUGCCGGUAACCGUUUUCCUGCUGAAGUCGACUGUGGAGCGGAUGCGAGCAGAGGUUGUCAGCGAGCCUCUGGUUAUUUUCUGCCGUUUGUGGGUGCCGGAGGAGCUGUGCCAAUGGAGAAAGCGACUCCGCCGCCCCAGCCCCAGCUCCAGCUGUCGAUAGCGAAGACUGAAAGUCCCGCGGAGGACAUCUCCGGUCUGACCGACGAGGAGCUGCUCAAGUGGACUAAGGAGGACCUGGUACGACGGCUUAGACGGUCUGAGGCCGACAAGAUGAGCGUGAUUCUGGACCACGGGAAUCUUAUCCGGGAGGUCAAUCGCAGCCUCCAGCUGCACUUGAACGAGAUCAGGGGGCUGAAGGACAUUAAUCAGAAGCUGCAGGAGGACAACCGGGAGCUGCGGGACUUGUGCUGCUUUCUGGACGAUGACAGGCAGAAAGGAAAGCGUGUGUCCAGGGAGUGGCAGCGUUUGGGACGCUACAGUGCCAGCAUCAUGCGCAAAGAGGUGACCCUGUACCUUCAAAAACUUAAGGAGUUGGAGCUUCGGCAGGAGGAGGUAAUCAGGGAAAACAUAGAACUGAAGGAGCUCUGCCUGCUGCUGGAUGAGGAGAGGGGAGUGGUUGGGGGAGGAGGGGGAGGGAGUGGAGGGGGUGUAGGGAUGGGAGGGUGCCGCAACUCUAUAGACAGCCAGAAUAGUUUGCUGCUGGUGCCUGGACAUGGGCUCCUGAUGAGAGAUGUAGGAGAUGGGAGCAGCACCUCCAGUGCAGGGAGCGCUGACAGCUCCGAUCACCCACACCACAAGCAACCUCAUCUGGCUCCAGGGGUGGGCGGAGUCAAUAGUAGUGGUGGGGAUAAAGGGAGCCCAGAGCUGGUACACAAACCAAGGUGUAGCAGUAUUAGUGGAUUAGCAGGUGGAGGUUUAGGGGACAGGGAGGUGUCCAGUCCUGAACUACCUCCAGGGCGCCAUCGGAGUACAAGCCUGGAGUACCCAUACACUCUGCCGCAGAUCUGCCGGCCCCGCUGUGGCUCCAUAUCAGUGCCUGACCACAGUCGAGUCAUGAGGGGCCUCAGCCCGGAGAAAUACGGAAGGAACAUAGGUGGACGGAGUCCUGAGCAACACCCUAAGCACCACAGCUCUGAUCUGCUCCUGGGCCAGAGGCAACACUUCCUGGGUCAAGGAGGCAGUGGGGACCUCUAUCAGAGACACAACAGGAGCAGCAUCAGCAGUACUGGCUGUGGGAGCCCCGAGCCCAGGCUGGCACAUUUAGGGACCACAGAUCACCUUGAAAAGGUCAAGGGAGGCAGCCCUGAAACUCAAAGGCACCAGUACGGUAUGAGCCCUGACCACGUGAAGUUUGGCAGCCCUGCGAGGGAGGGGCAGAGAAGGGCGGCUGGAGAUGAGCUGUCACCACAUCAUCGGAGCAUCUACAAUGGCAUGAAUGCUUUAAUAUCAGCCGGCUGCUGCACCAACAACUGUAGAAAUGUCAAGCUAUGGGACAGCUUUGACGCCUCCUCUUGACCCCAACUCGACGAGCUGAUCUCCUCACACAGAAGGGGGGUUGCAGUUGCACUGUCUGGCCUUGAGUGUCACGAAGGGCCCUGGACUUCACCCCAUGGCUCCAGAUCGGCCCAUCGCUGUGGGAUCAUCUGUGUCCAAAGCCCUUAAACAGCUUGCCUCCAUGUUUUUAUUUCUACAUAUCGAGAGCUUGAUAGGUAAUAUGGAAUACGGUAUGUGUAAGUAUGAUUUGAAAACUCGUGCAGACUGCUGCAGCUAAAAGGACCAGAGUGAAAAUCUCUUCCUGCCAAAUAUAACAUGGCUACCUUCUGGAGAGCACCCAGAGACAGGGAGGUACGCUUUGAGAAGAUGAAAGAAGAGGACUCUGCACUAUCCGUGCCACCGCCCUCUGUUUACAAAUGUACAUCACUGGUGGAGAAGCACACAAAUUGAACUUUUUACACACUGCUGUUAAAAACUUCCUUUCCCUUUCAACUUUUCCCUUCCCAGGUUUCAGUAUCUCUCCUCUCACUCAGCUCCAGAUAUCCGUCAUCUUCAAAGUGUGUACUGAGACUGUUGUAAUGUAAUGUUCUGUCUUGCAAUUCCAGCCAAUCAGGAUUGCAACUGUCUUCAACAUCUUCAGUCAUUUCAAGUAAAUUAACUAAACAAAAACAUUUUUGUCAAAGAUGUUCUAGCAAAGGUAAAAAAAAAAAAACCUCUUCCUGUGUCUUAAACCAAGAUGGUCGACAUAACUAGCUGCUGACAGAUGUUCUAGUUCUGUAAGAUGCAAUGUUCAGGUGUCCUUUUUCUGUUUUAUCUUCUUCGUUCCC